GGCGUGCGCGGGCACGGAGCGGAGCGGCCUCCCCUCGGGCUGAGGCGGCGGCGGGCGCGCGCGGCGGCGGCGGCGGCGGCGGCGGGCGCGAGGCGCGGGCUGUUGUGCUCCCGGCUCUCUCUCUCUCUCCUCGUCCCCCUUCGUAGCGGCCGGAGGAGGCCGCCGCGGUGCCGGGCGCGCUGCCCCUUCCUGGCCCUCCGGCCCCCUCCUGCGCCGUCCGUCCUGCGCCGCGCGGUCUCUCCCGACGCGGGACCGGCCCGGCCCGGAUAUGGCUCGUGGACAGCAGAAGAUUCAGUCUCAGCAGAAAAAUGCCAAAAAGCAAGCUGGACAAAAGAAGAAGCAAGGACAUGACCAAAAGGCUGCUGCCAAAGCUGCCUUAAUCUACACUUGCACCGUCUGUAGGACACAAAUGCCAGACCCCAAGACCUUCAAGCAGCACUUUGAAAGCAAGCAUCCUAAGACUCCGCUUCCUCCAGAAUUGGCUGAUGUUCAGGCAUAAAUUCGUUUACAGGUGAAUUCAUGACACCUUUGACUCUUCUACUGUCUCAGACCUUAGGUAACAAACCUGCAGCUGCUUUUCUAACAAACUGUUGAUCAGCAAAAAUAAAGGGGCUACAGAAACACUCAUUUUUAUGCUGUUCCCUUUUGGGCUUCAUGCAAAGACAAUUCUGUGUAAAUGUACAGUUGACUCUGAUUUGGAAAUCUGAAAAUCAGUCCAUCCUUGUUAAAAAAAUUUUUUUACAAUUGUAAUUAUAUUGAUGUUCAUAUUGUGUAAAAUAACUCAUUUAAUAAAGUAGUACUUUGAUUUUACAACAUCACAGGAUAAAUGGUUCUAGAAAUUCUGUUCUAAUUUUCCACAUUAUUUGCCUUAUAAAAAUCUAAUGAAUUCAUCAGCCGGAAUUGCAAGUGCAAUUCAUAUCUCCCUUUCUCAGCUUAGUGGCAGAUUCAUUAGUUAAACUAGAGCAGAUUUAUUCAUUAAAUUGUGCACACGGUUGUAUUAGCAGCUGCUGAUCUAGGUGAAAAAUGACAUUCCUGCUGUCUUAGUAUAUUGCAGUCAUGUGUCAUUUCCCCUCUCAUUGUUUUCUGUGUUGGAGGUCGGAACAUUGCAGCUUGCUGUAGAAUAUGGCGGUCGCUGCCAGCCUGGCCCACCAUGUAGGUAGCUGACAGAUGCCUCCAGCAGUUGCAUUGUCGGUCAGGCUGUCUGGAAGGUCAGGUUCCGGGGCAUCCGCUAGAGUGAGGUUAUCAGGCAGUCUCCUGUUGAGUAUAAAAUACGAUGGAACACAUGGAAACUGGUAAAGGUCUAUCUUUUAUGAAUUAUACAAAAUUAAAUUCUUUAAGUGCUUUCCUUUUUUGAAGUUAAAAGUCAGUUUGGGGGGGCAUUUUGGGAAGUUAUUAACAAUUGGGCCAAUUUUAUGAAUGACUAUUGGUUUCAUUAGCAAGGAAAUGGGAAUGGUUUGUGGCUGGGUUCAUUCCCAGAUUCUCCACCCUUCUUUCCUUUUCAAGCGAGUAGCUGAUUUUAGUAGUUUACUUUGCUCUGGUUCCUGAAAUCAGGGCCAGCAUAAAAUAUGGUUUCUCUCUGGGCUAGAAAAGUGUUCCAAAGAGCCAGUAGCCACGUUCUUCUGGCUCUGACUGGUUCAGAUGGAGAGAAACACUGCUUUACAAGUGAAGCUACUGUACCUUAGUUGAAAUCUUAAAUACCAUUUGGCAGUUACCUAGAGCCACAAAUCUGAUCCUGUGGGUUACAAAAUGCAUUCCUUUCUGCUGUAAUUCAUCCCUGCAUUCGUUUUGUAAUUAAUUGUACAUAUCAGCCCACCUUAUUUGUCUUCUUCCAAGUUCAAAGUUAAGUAUUUCCAAGAAAAAGCUGAGAGGUGAUGGUUCCUACCAACUCCUGUUCUUAUACACUGGAGUUCAAGUAUUCCCCCACCAUGUUUAACUGACCGAACUCCGGGUUUAAUAUUUGUUAUUUCUUAAGAUGUUGGUUAUUGGAACAUUAAAAUUUACUUGUGAUAAGUAAUUUAGAAAUUCUGACUAAAUUACUACUGAAAAUUUUAAAAGUCCUUUUACCAUAUGUAUGUUUUGUGUUUAGUAGCAAAUCAUUUAAAGCCAUUCACAAGUCUUGGUUUUGGGAGUUAUUUUUUCCUUCCCAUUGAUUUUACUGACUGUAAUUCAAAAUAAAAGCUUUCUGUUCCUGUAUUUAACCCUCUUUAUAAGCCACUGAAGACACCAUAUUUAAUUAUCUCAGAUUAGGGAAAUAGUUCCAUCAACCUUUCUGAAUAUGUUAACAUCACUCGAGGGUUGUUAGUAUAACCCUCUUUAUUGUGUUGAGUUAAAUCUGCUAUGAGGGGCAGAUUAUUACUUCAUAACAUGAUUAAGUUUGAAGAUUCUUUAACAGAUCGCAGCAAAGUUUGUAAUAAAACUGUUAUGGUGUCUUCAAAAACUUGAGAAAAAUAGACUGAGAGAGAAUUGGUCCGUUUGUAUUCUGUAUUCCAGUAGUUGCCAAAAGGUACGGGGUUAACUAAGCUUGUUUCCAUUCUCCCUAUGGAUCUACAUCCCCAUGUUUAACUGACAUACUGGGGGUCCAGUUGUGUGCUGUAAUGUGUUAUUAAAGAAGAUAUUAAAAGAAAA